GUUGAUAUUAAAAAGAUGCUGAGUGGCCGGUGAGAUGUGGACGUGCGUGGAGAGCGCCGGGGGUGCGGGAAGCGCAGCGCCGUGCUCACGCGCCAAGCAUUCGGCGACGCUGCUGGGCGGUCACCUGUACGUGUUGGGUGGCCGCGGCGCCGGCGGCUGUCUGCCGCUCAGGGAUUUCUGGCGAUACUCACUUGCGCGGGGCGAGUGGGAGCGGCUGGAGCAGCGCGGGGAGCCGCCGCCUGCGCUGCAGGAGCAUUCGGCCACCGCACAUGGAGACAAAUUGUACGUGUUCGGCGGCGAGCCCGGCUCCUCCUCCAGCGAGACGCCGCUCUGGAUAUACGACACGCAAUUGUGCGUGUGGCGCAAGUUGCCGGGACGAGUGUCCUGCGGGGGCGGGGCGGGGCGGAGACGCGGCGCGCGGGCGGCUGUAGGCGUGUCCCCGAGCGCGCGUCGCGGACAUUCGGCACACACGCUGGACGACUGCCUGCUACUCUACGGCGGCUACAUGGACCUGCGCGGCUCCACCAACGAGCUCUGGGCCUUCCACUAUGAGUCGGAGACGUGGCGUGAGGUGCGAGCGCUGCGCGCGGGCCCGGCGCGGCACCGGCACGCGGCCGCGCUACUGGCCGAGCGGUUGUAUGUGCACGGCGGGCAGUGCGACCUGCGCGACUGCGCCGAUCUUUGGCACUACGACAUCCUGUCGCGCGUUUGGACGUGCGUACGCGCGGGGCGGGGACCGGCGCCGGGCGCGCGCAGCGGACACGUUGGCCUGCGUGCGGGCGCACACCUCUACAUCUUCGGCGGCGAGGCGCGCGGACACCCAACCAACGAAAUGUGGCGCUUCCAUUUCGCUACAGAGACCUGGGAGCGGAUGAACCAAAGUGUAAAGUGGCCAUCGGCGCGCGUGGACAGUCGCGCGCUGCUGGUGGGCGGAGGCUGCGCGGGCGGCGGGAGUACCGCGGAAGGCGUGCGGGCGGGAGCGGCGCGGGCGAGCGUGCGCGCGCGCUCGGACCCGCCCGGCGGCUUCCUGCGCGAGAUCUCGAAGCUGUCCUCGUUCCACCUGCGUCGCGCCGCGCGCUGCUCGUACAGCGUUCUGGCGGCCGUCGACCAGGACUCCACCGAGAGCCUCUCGCGCUCCGAGCGGCCCGCGCUGGCCAAGUCGCGCUCGGCCUACGUCAUCGACGGCGGCGAGAGCCCGCGCGCCGGCGACCUGCCCGACUCCCGCCGCGCGGACCUGGCGCGCGAACCCAUCUCCGUGCCCGACUUCGCCGACAUGAUCCUGCCGACGCCCGUCCUCUCGCCCGUCGAGGCGGCCAAACUCGUCUACCUAGACUCCGAGGACGAGGAGGACAUCAAAAGGGACACUUCGCGGAACGGUCACGCCGAGGAAGCGAAAACGCCGAAAACUAAAGUGAUCAGCAUUCCGAAGUCCGCGUCGGUGAGGUUCAUCAAGGGCGCGACGGGCGCGAGCGAGGACGAGGCGGAUCUGUCGACGUCGGACUACGCGAGCGCCGAGAAGGUGAACAGGAUAUCGGGACCGUCGUCGCUGGGCUUCAGCAACCCGCAUUACCUGGGGCCGGACGUGAGGAACCUGGGGGUGGCGAUGACGCCGGACUCGGGCGUGGGGCAGGGCGACAUCGAGCUGCAGGACCUGGGGGUGCGGCGCGGAGGCGGGGCGGGGGGUGGGGCGCGGGGCGGGGACACGCAGCUGCACCUGCUGCUGGUGGGCGGCAAGGAGUCGCCGCACCUCGCGCUGCUGCAGAGCCCGCUCUCCAUGUGGACCUACCGGCUGCUGUAGCCGGCGCCUCGCCUUCAGCGAGCUGACCUCCGUUUAGAGGAACUAGAGAUCGUUCCGCGUCCAUGAUCUCUUUAGUAAUCUGCCAGUGAUAAGAAAGUAGCGUCUUAAAGAUUAGAUGUAAAUAAGGAAACAUACAGGCAAACACGAUCGCUGAUGAAUCGUCGAGUGACGAAAGACUAGGACGAUUAGAUGUGAGCAAAGUUAAUCCAGAACAAAAUAAGAAACAAGACGAACAAUUCAUCUCAUUCGUCUGUUUUAAACAGAUAACAAAUGUGACAGAAGCCAUUCUAGUUGUCUGCGUGUACAUUUCCUUUCUUGGAAGAUUUCGGCUAUAAGUAACGUCCAAAAUUAUAAAAAUGAUGUAGAUAUAAGAAGACUCCAUCAGGUACCGGUACCGUGCCAACAUUUCGAGUAUUGUAGGAUAGUUUUUUAAUGUAUUUGUUUUAUUUUUCAUGUUACAAUAUUUUUUAUGUUUCUACAACUGUUGCUAUUUAUAUUGUUUCAGAAGUGCAAUAUAUGUCCGUUCGUCUAACGAUAUACAUACUCAAAAAACCUACAAGAUGUCUCCAAUUUUAUUUAAAAAACAAUAUAAAAUCUGCAGUUCUUCUUGUGUUCAGGAUGUCUAUGGGUGUCGAAGAUCACCUAAGUGUAUCCGCCGUAAAAAAUAUAUAUUGUCUAUUCUUUGUACUUUAAAAUCUACAUUAAGUGGGCCUACUGUUGGUCUAGCUAAUGUUUGUGACAAUCGCUUUCGUAUCAUCAUCGUCAAUUAAAUAUGGCGAAAUUAAUAUGACAUUUUUGGAGUACUUUACGUCCAUACUGCACAAAUUUUAAUACAAAUUUUGUCGAUGGCCAAAACUAUGGUGAUUAUUACAAAUAUUCGUGCACGCUAAACGUUUCUGAGUGCGUCAGUAAAUAAGUUUGGAGACAGCUUGCGCGUUAGUGUCAGCUAAGACUGAGUAGCGUAGAAUAGCGUUAGUUUUGUACGUGUUACAUUUUGUUUUUGUCUCGAUGUUUGUGUUAUUUAUACUGCAGAUGUUAUUUGUCACUUAUCUUCCAUAUUGUUGUCUCAAUUUUGUCAACUACAAUGAUAGGGAUGACGUCUGAUGACAAGUUCACCACUUUAUGUCUCCGCUCAGGAUAUGUGCAGUAUAUUUUUUUUAAUUAAUAAUUUCUGACCUGGAUACUAGUCCUUUUGGCCGGAUAUAUGCAGGAGCCUUUAGUAUUGCCAGUUAUAUUAAAAUGCGUAGGCCGAUUUUUUAACAUAUUUUAAUUUUGUAUCUGGUAACUUUGUCA